GAAACGUCACUCGCGAGAAAACGUCAAAUAACGUGAAUAUUUUUCAUCUUGACUGAUUGUCUUACCUUUGUUUUCUUCUGUAUGAUCCAUUAAUUAGGUACAAUAAUGCUCAGGUUGCGAUGAUCUCAGUGGUUUAGUGUACUAGUUCUCAAGAGCAGUGACUCACAGGAUGUCGGACGACACGAACGAAGUAUCGAAAGUGGAGAGCGCCGGCGGGGCGGAGGAGGCUCGUCGCGGCUUGGAGGAGGAAUUUAAUGUCCAGCGCGCCCGAAUGAAAGAACUUUUCUUGCAGAAGGAAGAGGAGCUGCGGGCUCAGCAACAGGAGCGCGAGCAGCUGCAGUCCGAAGUGCUGUCGCUACGGGAAGAGUUGGCCCAGUUGCAAACAUUGGCCGAGAACCAGAAGUCGCACAUCCUCAACUUGGACCUCAUUGUCAAUGAGACGGUGUCCGCGUCGUCGGCGGUGACGGAGGAGGCGCGGCAGCUGCGCGUGCGCUGCGCCGAGCUCGAGCACCAGCUGCGGCUGCAGCACCAACAACAACAGCAGCAGGACGUGAGCAUCGCGCCCGCUACGCUCGUGCGCUCGCUGGCGCGCCGGCUGGUCGACCAGGAGGACCCCAAGAAGCCCGCGGAGGAUGGCGACCUGCAACGAUGUGAGAUGGAGAUCAGUCAGCUCAAGAACAAGCUCCGAGAAACCGACGCUCAGCUACAAGAAGCUCUCAGGAGUAGAACAAACCAUCCCACGCCCGCCCACGCAAGUGGGGACACGAGGACAGACCCAGAUGGCGGGCGGGCCUGCGACAUGUGUGCCAACUACGAGAAGCAGUUGGUGCACGAGCAGCGAGAGGCGUCCACGGCUAAAGACCGCGCGGCCAUGCUGGAGCAUGCUUUAAAGUUGGCGACAGAAGAGUUAGAAGGCGCCCGCUCGAUCCACGACGAGACGAUCCGCUCGUGGCACUCCGAGCGGACCGCCGGCACUGCGCUACUAGAGGAACUGAAGAAGGCCGUGGAGUCCGCGAAGACGGCGUUAGAGGCCCGAGCGGCGGCGGCCAAACAAGCCUCCGAGAGGGCUUUAGAACAAGUUACCAAUUUAACUGUGGAAAGGGAGGAGUUACAGAGGAAACUGGACAGCCUGGAGCGAGACAACGCUAUGUUGGUGGGACGAUUCACAAAGAAGGCUGAAGAAAUGCAGAACGAGUUCAUCGACCUACCCGACAGCGUCGAUGAGCUGCAACUAUACAGCCUGGAACUCCGCGAGAAGCUGAUCUGCGUACAGAUCGGUCGCGAGGAGGCGCUCGCGGCCGAGCGGGACCUGCGCUCGCAGCUCCUCGAUCAGAGCCAGCAGUUCCACCGCCAGGAGGCCGAGCUGCAGGAGACCCGCGCCGCUCUCCGGCAGACCAGAGAGGAGUUGGACCGGCUGGCGACGGAGCGCGAACAGCUACAGGAGUUAGGAGGGAAACUGCGGACGUCCACCGACCAAAUCGCGGCGUUGCUGGAUGAUAAGAAACGCCUACUAGACGAGCGUACCGAACUAAAGGGGCGCGUGCAGGCGCUCCAACAAGAACUGGACAACAGCGAGAAAGUGCAGCAAGAUUUCGUGCGGCUCUCACAGUCACUACAGGUGCAGCUGCAGCGUAUUCGCGAGGCGGACACAGAGGUGCGGUGGCAGCACGAGGAGGACGUCACCGAGUGCCCCACGUGUCACGUGCAGCUGCCGAAUAGCAAGAAGAAGGUGCACUGCCGGCACUGCGGGCGCAUCUACUGCGCCGCCUGCACCGCGCACGCCGUGCCCUCCGGCCCGCGACGCGCGCCCGCGCGGGUCUGCGCAGUGUGCCGCACACUCCUACAACCAGAUACCGCUCCGUACUUUAGUACUGCCCCACCGCACUCGCCUGACUAACCUAAUUGGAAUAGACUACCGACCUGCCGAACACUAAGGAAACUCCUAGCAAAAUCGCUCGCGUCUUACGCAUUAUGAGUAAACGCACUUGUCAUUGCAAUAUGGCGUCAUAUUCUGGGGUACCCAUACUUCAGCACUGCACCGCCACACUCGUCCGACUGACCUAUGUAGUCUAGAAUAUCAACCUACUUGAGACAUUAACCGAGAAAUGUGUCGCUUAACUUCAAACGUGGGUAAAUCCAUUCUGCUAUAAGGUUGAUUAUCUUUCAGAUCAUAUUACAUUUUAUAUAAAAUAAACCUUUUAGCAGAAUGGAUUUACCCACUCUUGAAGUUAAGCGACACAAAUAUACUAGCAAAAUACACACGUCCUCUCACGACUACGGGUAUACACACUUGUCAUUGCAAUAUGGCGUCAUACUCUGGUCUGGGGUGACAAGCAUCGUUGCUUCAAUCAAACCAUACAGUACCAUACACUCUACACACUACAACCGGACAUAUACUGAGCACUAACACACUCGUCAGGCUACCGGCAUCGAUUUAACGACACCUUCGCUGCAACAAUUUCAUAACAUAGCAAUUAAUCAAGCAAUGAGGUCCGAUCGACCUCAAGUCACAGUAGAUAUACUUAUAAGCUACCGCAUAAACUGCAAGUACUUAUUAGCAAAUUUUCACCAGACACAACUUCAUGUUACAUACACAUUACACAAACAUUACCCAAGCAUCUCAAUUGGUAAUAUUACACACCCGAACCUUAGUUUACCAGGAUUAAAUAGCCAUAAUAUAACAUUAAAAGAUCUAUCCAAUCCAACUACACAAAAACUAAUCUUUAGUAAUUAGAUUACCGUAAUAAUUAAUAACCCAGCUUCAUUGUAAAUAUUGUAAUAUAGACGAAUACAAUUAUCUAGCUAGCUUACCGGUAAAUUCAAUUCUAGUGUGUGAUGGUCAAAUAUAUUUCAUUUUCUACCUUACAACGAACACAGUUGAUGUUUUAACACUUUCGCAACUGAACGGGUUCUCGCCAUACAAGCGGGCGGGUAUAAAUCACGACCGCACAUAGGGGUAUUUCACUAAAAAAGACGCUAAAUGAGUAAUGGCCAGCUUUUUUAGUGAGAUACCCCUAUGUGGACCGGUUCCUGACGUAGUGCGCCAUUUUUAACCUCCGACGCAAAAACGACGGGGUGUUAUACGUUUGACGUGUCUGUCUGUCUGUGUGUGUCUGUCUGUGGCAUCGUAGCUCCCGAACGGAUGAACCGAUU